AAUGACAAGAGCUUCGGCUGCAGCCUGACGCGGCGGUCGGCUGUCGAGUUGGAGACCAACCUGUCCGAGAUCAAACAGGCGCUAGGCAACCUGAUGGCGAAAAUCGGCGACAAGGACAAGGCGAACAAGCGGACCAACGAGUGGCGCUAUGUGGCGCUUGUGCUGGACCGUUUCUUCUUCUGGUUUUACCUGAUGGUCAUCUUUUUCUCCGGUCUCAUAAUGCUCCUCUCCACGCAGCCGCCGAAGACCAUCGAGAUGGUGGUCGAGGAGGAGCGUGCCGAGUACAACAAAACGGCACACGAGACGCCGCUCAGCUGUUUCAUGCCGGAGAUCCUUCCAUUCCAUCCGUCGAUUCUCUUCCUGCCACCUUCCAGAGUUGAGCAUGCGCAGAAUAGCAUCGUCAUGCGGGCGCUGCUGACGGCAAGAGUCUUCAAAGUCCAGCUUUGCGCAAACGACCUACAACAGUCUUUCCACAUGACUCUUUUUCCUACCGACAUGAACCGAGCCCAGCGUAGGUGCAACAGGCACCUAUGCCGAUUGUUGUUGAGGCGUACCAUUUUCAAAUUGCUUUCAUUUUGUACUGAUGGUGACUCUGCUCACGACGAAUGUUGCAUUUGCUCUCACUUCACUAAAAUGUCGUCCUUCUCCAGUCUGGUUUGUUUCUUCAAUCUGACCAAAUCGUUUCCUCAUCACCCCAGCCGGGAUUCGAACCUUCGGCGUGUGGAUUGGGUGUCAAAGUCAUUACUUCCUGAUGAUGAUGAGAGCCGAAAGCGUUUCGCAAAACUCACAUCCUUUUUUGGGAUUUUCAUGUUGAAUUUGGCUCAGAUGCUUUCCAUUGCAGUUAGUAAUAUGUUUGUCCCUUGUCCCGCAGGGUCUGUAGAUGAAACGACGAGACGAAUUCCGGGCUGA